AUGUAUGAUGGUGGGAAUGUAUGCGUGAUGAUAGGAAUGUAUGAUGAUGGGAAUGUAUGCGUGAUGAUAGGAAUGUAUGAUGCGGUUGUGGUAAAAGUAGGCAAAGAGAUAAAAUCAGGGAAGGAGAUAAAAUCAGGGAAAGAGAUAAAAUCAGGGAAAGAGAAAAAAGAAGAUGUUGUUUCAUCGCAACUUGAGGGACUUUUUUCCAAAACUGUUGGUCCUUCUCGCUUAGCAAAGAAUCUUCUAGUUGCGUAUCCGACGGAACAAGGAGAAGUCGACGCUGGGACUCGCGCGCAGCCACAGCCCGUUCCGCGACGAGUUCCAAUCGAUCACGCAGAUGAUCGCUCGAGAUUUGAUAUUCUUGAUGGAGCGCGGGAAUCGAUUGUGCCAACGAAUCGAGAAUGUAGAGAGGAGAACUCUGAGUUGGUGAUGAUGGUGAUGAUGAUGAUGAAGAAGAAAUCCACGGAAAGACGCCAGAUGAGAGAUUCCUUGAUGACAAUUGGGAAGAAUGUAUCGAUGCAAAUCCAUCCAACUGAUGGAGAUUUAAUAGGCGAGGAAAGGAAUGGAGACAAUGAGAGCUCUCCUAAAGCGCGGAAGAGGGGUGUGGUGUAUCUCUCACGUAUUCCACCCAUGAUGAACAUCUCAACAUUAAGGGAAUUGAUGAGUCAAUUCGGUGAAGUUGGUAGAAUCUAUUUGACACCCGAAGAUCAAGGUGUUCGCAUUCUGGCGGGGGGCUCAAAUCGAUCUGUAUUUGUUGAUGGUUGGGUUGAAUUCGAGAGGAAGAGUAUCGCAAGACGGGUGGCUCAAGAAUUGAACAAUCAACCAGUUGGUGGAAAAAAAUGUCACAAUCGAUGGCGGGAUGAUCUUUGGAAUAUCCGUUAUUUGCCCAAA